GAAAAAUGGAAAGUUAAACAGGAACAGAACAAGCUGUCAGUUCUCCAGAUAUCUGUAGAAGAAGAAAGAAGAAUGAUAACAGAUCAGUUGACCAGGGAAAGAAGUGAGCUACAGAGCUCAAAGGAUGCCUUGUUAAAGGAACAGAAGACCAUCUACUCCCAGCUGUAUGAUGAGAGAAGGGCACUCUCAGAGGAGAGGACUCAGUUUAAUAUGUUACAGAGUACACUUCUCAACAGGGAACAGAGGGACACUGUCCGUAAUGUACAGGCAGAGGCAGAUCUUGAAGGCACCAUGAAAACCCUGAGCAAUGAGAAGAUGAGGCUGCAGACCAUGUCAGAGGAACUUCAGAAGGAACAGCAAAGAAUCAACACACAGAAGCUGGCAUUAGACCAACAGAAGGCGGCUCUGCAGAUGGAGAAGGAGAAGCUGGAUGAACUGGCCACACACAUGAAGCUGAGGUCUCAGGAAGUGGAGGAGAUCAGCUUGGAAGCAUCUAAAGUGAGGGAAGAAGGUGAUAGAAUGUUAGCUGAGGCCAGAAAGGUCCAGGCUGAGCAGAGUAACAAGUUACAGAAUAUACAGAUCCAGAUUAGUGCCCUCAGAGAGAAGGAGAGGCAGAUUGCUCAGGAGAGACUGGGUCUUGCCAAGGAGAAAAAGGAACUUGGUCAGUUGAGAAAUUCUUUCAUUUGUGUCAACUGUAGAACACCUGUGAAGGAAGCCACGCAACAUGGAAGUCCUAUAUUAGGGGCAGCCCUCAAUAUCCCAGGGAGUUCUGCCAAUGCAAAUGGGGCUGCCAUUUCUUUCCAAGGGAGUGGAACAGGUGAACCCUUUACCAGCCCAGUUCUCAACAGCAUUAGCUCUAGCCUGGUAAAGGACAGAACUUUUAGAAUGUGGAAAAUAAAUGCAGAAAAGGACCAUGAGUUCCUGGAAGAUGAAAGUUUAUUUCUUGAGGCUCUUAAACAUUCACCAUACCAUACCCCACCAACAGCUGUCAAAGACUAGAGCUUAAUCAAAGACUGAGCCACACUUGUAUAGAAUUUUUUUUGCAGGAGUGUCUUAUUUUCUAAAAAUAGCCCUCCAGCCACUUAUUAUAAUUGGAAUCAGUUUGCAUUGUAAUUAUAACAUAAUAUAUUUAUGAAAUAUGAUGAAACAUUUACAUCAUGAAAGUACAGCAUAAAUAUGUCCAUUUUCUACAGAUAUUUAUAAAGGUCAAGGUGCUAUUUUGCCCCAUAACACAAUGACAGCUAUCUAGAACUUGGAAUUGCCACACUGACUGGCAGUAUUUGACCAGCAGCUUACAUUGGCUAGAACAUGACACUGAGUUUUCCACAAAGUACACCUUUCAGGAAAUGCAAGUGUAUAGUGUUGUGAAAGGAGUGUAACUAAACAUAUGGUUACACUCCAUGUGGUCUGUGGUCAGGUUUGAUCUUGUUUACUCAUCGUGGUGUUGUUUAUUUUUUUAAUAUGACUUCUUUCUCUCUUUUAUGUUUUUUAAAAUUGUCUGUCUGUCUGUCUAUUUGAUACCCUUGGUCUGUCAUCUGCCCUGACAGUUUUCAUGAAAACAAACCUAUUUCCUUAUUUUUAACAUUUUUAGCAAUUUGAUAAGGACCAAUUCUGUUGGUUUUUCUUUAGAAUGUCCAAAU